UGUAAAAACAAGUGAAUGAACUCUGUGUGCAGCUGCUUCUACCUAGCUAUGCCAAAGCUGCACCGCCUUUCUACAAUCUUUGGCUGCACUGCAGAGGCUUUUUCAGGCCAGAGCAGCCGAUGUCUGAUCGUUUUCCACUGAUGUGUGAGUGAGUGCUAAGUGAUGGAUGAGCUCAGUGUGUUAAUCCAUCACCUUCCUGACCCUGAGCUUCAGUCUGCCUGCCUUCCUGCUGCUCAGAACCCCGACCAACCCCAAACAACCAUCAUGAGUCACAGGCAACAAUGGGAGCUGAAUCUGCAUUAAUACACAAUGUAUUCUCUUUGUCUCUCUGUAUGUCUUUGAUCCUGUCUUCUUUCUGCUCUCUCUCAGUCUAUUUUUUCCUCUCCUCUCCUCUCCUCUCCCUCCCUCCCUGUGUUCACUCAGAGAGUGGUGGCAGCAUGACUGCCUGCGUCAGCCGGUAAGCGGGAAACCGCUGCUGCAGAUUCAGCCUGCCUCUGUUUCUGUGUGUGUGUGUGUAUGUAGCAGUGCCCCCCUUGCCUGUGUGAGCCAGAGGGGGACGCUUCUCUCCCGGGUAGCCCAGCAUACAUGGAUCAAACGCUGGCUGGCUUUCACCUUCAGCAGCCGUCCGUGCCGAGGUACUGUACCAGCAUCACGGACAUGCUGUGGGCUGAAGAGUGGCAUUGCCUGUGAGGGGUAUAAUGCAUUGUGGGGAUUGUAGGCCAGGAGCAGGCACUAUGCUCUUGGUUUUGGUCCUGCACACCUUUACCUGGGCAUGGACAGAUACAGGAGCGAUUGAACAUGGCCCUCGAAUCGACGGGAAGCGCCGCUCGACAGUCACCCUGCAGGAGAACAACACGCGGCAGUUCAACUGCCAAUCAGACGGAUGGAACUCUCAAGCCCCGCCCCUGCUCACCUGGUACCUGAACGGGCAGCGCCAGAGGCAGCCGGCGAGCGAUGGCCCGGAGCGGCUGGUGGUCAAGGUGCCGGGGCAGUCGUGGGUCCAGAGGAAGAACCCCCGGCGCAACAGCACCUUCUCUCUGAAGGCUCGGCGAUGGGACAGAGAGCUGGUUUGUGCCACCUCCAACCCGGCCAGUGGGGAGAGCUACAACGCCACGGUCGUGCUCAAUGUGCAAUUCCAGCCUGAGAUUCUGCGAGUGAAUGCCCACUACAGCGACACGUCCGAUCCCGGCCUUUCUUUGGUGCUCUUCGCUCUGGUGCGCUCCAACCCCCCUGCCACCAUCACCUGGGUGGACCAGUCCGGCCAGCAGGUGGCUAACACCUCCGACUUCCUCAUCCUGGACUCGGAGAGCUACCCCUGGCUGUCCAAUCACACGCUGCGGGUUGCCCAGAGCAGCCUGGCGGGCAACGUGUCCGUGAACGCCAACAACAGCGUGGGCGCUGCACAGAGCAACCUCACUCUCUCCGAGUUCCUGCAGUCCCGCGUGGAGGUGCCAGUGCUGGGCAUCGUGACAGGGGGAGUCCUCGGCUUCGUCACCCUCCUCAUCCUCACUCUCAUAGUGCUCUGUCUGCUCCACAAAGGAAAAGACGUGGAGGAGCCAGUGGAGCUAACGCUAUCCACAAAAUGCACGGACUCAUCUAAAGUGCCGGUUGAUGGAGUGUAUCUGCCCCGGGAGAACAUGUCUUUGCCCUCGCACGUCCAGCUCAACGACAUGAGCUCUCUGUGUAAGGCACGUCAGGACAACAAGCCCAACCCAGGGGAGAAGAAGGUGGGUGAGGAGGAGGAGGAGGACCUGUCUGAAGCCUAUGCAGCCAGAGGUUUUGCCAGAUAUCCAAUGGUUGGAUACAUCUACAAGGUGAACAGCGUCAGCAGUGAAGAGAUCUGGCUCUGAUGUCCAGCUCCAGCAGCAAUAGACUGACCUCGCCUCGUCUUCAUCCUCACAGUCUCUUCAUCUGAUGAAGUGUUCAUUCCUGUCCAGAGGUGCGUUCAAAUUCGGAAACAUAGGCGAACGUUUGCAAACAGUUUUCCGUUAGCCUAGUGUUUUCGGCGAACGUUUGCGUACAAUCGCAGACAGUCUGAGGUGGUAGUUCUCCACGAACAUACAGUGGAACUGGACAUGAGUUUGACGAAGGCAACAAUGCAUUUACUGUUACAAUGGAAUGUUAACGUUAUGUUACAAUGGAAUGUUAAUGUCAUUCAUAUUUAACUGUUCAAAGAAAACAUGUUCACCAUGAAAGUUCGCCACUGUUUGCCAAAUUUGAACGCAUCUCAGUACAGAGCCCACUACGUGCAUCCUGAAGAAGAUGUUCACUGGUAGGUCAUACAGGUUAUAAACAGCCAGUAAGAGCAAAAAUAAAACACACACACACACACACACACACACACACACACACACACACACACACACACACACACACACACACACACACACACACACACAAACACAAACACAAACACACACACAAACACACACACACAUUUUCAGGGACCAAUACUCUUGUUGGAGGUCCAGUCUUCAUGUGGUUCUCGUGUGUUGGACUAACUGUCUGACUCUCCUCUGUGUCACGGGGAAGAUCCAUUCUAUACCCCUGACUAUUGCCCAGGGAGUGUCUGGUAUGUUUGGGGCUGUGAUCACAGACAUUACAUUUGCCUUCCUCUUUCACAGUCUGUCUGUACUCAUACUUAAACAAGAAGCCUAUGUGCUGCUCUAUGGAAUGCAAUGUAGUUUGUGCAAUCUAAGAGAAUGUCCAGUAUUAUAGUUAAAUAAAUCCCAAAAGAUAUAUUUGUACAAAAAAAUAUAAAUGCUAUAGCAGAGACUGAAAUUAUAAGUAUUUCUAUAUGUACAUGUACGUGCACUGUAUAUGUAUGUAUGUAUAUUUAUAUGCAUAUGUUGUAUAAUAUAAGUAUAUUACUAUAUGUAUGUAACCUAAAUAAAGAGGACUGGGAGAA